AUGAAUCCAGCUCCGGCCAUUCCGGCCAACCUCAUCAAUCCGUCGUUUGAGGCGCUCGAGGAGCGGACGACUACUGCGCAGAUCAACUUCGCUGAUGACACCAAGUUUAUGUUCAAACACUGGCAGACGUUUCAUCUUCAGUCGAAUUUCGCGAGCGAUAUUUCAGUGCCACGAACAAGAAACUUGUUCUGGCGAAUCUGGAGUAAUCCGAACCAAAGAAUAUCUAAUGCCGACUUCUCGUCUUUAUGGCAACAAUGCCGCGGACCCCAGGACCUGACACCUUAUCAACCUGAUCCACGGCAUUGGAUAUGGCGACACCCACCGAAUCGAGAGCCUACGCCGGUGGCUAAGAAGCAGCCACCGUGCGAUGAGCCAUCCGACAUCGAACCUUUGCCAACUCCAGAAAGUCCCGUUUCGGAGAGAGUCAAGUGGGACGAAGGAGGCUUGACUGGGAGCAGCAGAACAAGACGUGAGCGCACAUCGUCUGGAGCGGGCGGAACGACGUCCUCACGACCUGGAAUGAGGAGAUCGGCUAGUGGCCGGACGGUGGGUACAACUGGUACAAGAGCCGGUAGGGCUAGGCCUGGACUUAUGAGGUCAAGAUCAAGCCAGAGCCGGCAGCCUGGAUCGCGCACAUCGGACAGUCCCGUGCCAACCACGACCAUCAACACGGAAAGGCCGAACCUGCCGCGAAGACAGAGCGUCAACUUCGAAGUGCCCGAUGAUGACGAUGAGUGGGAGGACGGCGAAGACGACAAUAACGAUCAGGCGGGUGAUGCCCACGUCAAGCCGCCGGCCAGCGAUGGCAGUAGCGAUACUGGCACACUGGUCGAGAGUGAUUUUCGAUCGCAGUUUGAGUUGGCUCGGCAGAUGUCAAGUGGUACUAGCUUUACGCCUUCGACAUUCUUGCCCAGGAUCAGGAGCUCAGUCCGGUUUGCUGACGAUACAAAACACGAAGCCGCCUCCCCUCGUCGCAAGCAACGGUUGUCGUUUAGAGAGCGGUCACACAGUCAGGUCCUAGCAGAUAGCGACGACUCGGAUGAGACCGUACUGGCCAACAUGCCACGCAAUGCCAGUAAUCUGAGCCAGCUUAUCAAGGACAAACGGCAACAGAGCGGCACACUAGACCUUGGACCAGCUCCACCGGAUAACGUCGAGCUGCUUGAAGCUAAGAAGAAGGAAGAGGAACUGCUGCGCAAAGGUCGCGAAGCCGCCAAACCGAACAUUCCACGGUCACGGCAUCCCAGCAAGGAGAGACCGAGCGGUGAGUACAUCGGUCCAGACGACAUGUCUACAUUUUAA